ACAGCAAUGUUUACAACUUUACAACUUAGGAAGUUUUAAUAUUAAUUUUAAUAAAUUACAAGAAGAUUAAAUUUUAAAAAAUCAAGUAAUUGUCUUACAUAAAUAAGAAUUAUUGAUUUUGACAGUGAAUUAGAAAUAAACGUUGGCUGUAAGCAGUUUACAUUAGUUGGCGAAUAUACCUACAUUGUUUUGUCAAUAACAAGAAUAAUAUGCUCGUUAAUUUCACGAGAAUAUGUAUAUGUAGUACAUAGCUGACCUACUUUAAGUCUUCCCUUUGUUAUUUGCCCCCGUAUGCAGUCACGAAUGUCCUAUUUAAAUCACUGAAACAAAGAUCUUUGUCUUAUCAAGGUGUGUUAGUAAAUUUGUAAAGAAAACCCUGUUCUAUGUGUAUCUGAAAUAAGUAAUCUUUUGAAAAUGUGUUGGAAAAUAUUCUGGUCUGACCAUGAAAGUUGAUGAUGGAUGAAGAAUUCAGUUCUUAUAUUUUAAAGCAUCCUGACUAUGGCAAGGUCUCAAGACACACAAAAUUGAGCCCGGCGAAGUUGACAUUUUCCGGAAAUUUCACUCCGAGAAAUAAACAGUUUAAUAUCAAUUCUCUGGAACGGAGAGCCAGCAUGAAACAGGACAUUGUCAGUGAAGUUUUGAAGAAGACAGAAACCAGGUUAUUGCAAGAGGAUAAUAAGGAUUUUCUUGAAAAUCCCCUGUAUGAAGAUCCAAGAGAUGUUAUAGGUGAAAAACCAGCAAAGCCACCAAGGAAGCGUAACAUUCAAGGUAUAGCGGUGGCGUCUUCACCAAAGACCAUUAAAGAUAACAAGGCAUUGCUCAGAGAACAAAAAAGAAAAUUGACUAAGAAAUAUGAGAGUCUGAUAACUACGCUUAUGGAUCGGUGUGAAGAUAACGUUAUUCAGCUUACAGAAAAAGAUUCGCACAUAGCAAAAUUAAAGGAAAAGUUGAAAACCGUGCUGGAAUACAACAGACUAUUUGCAGAAGAGAAUGACCAGCUGAAGACACAGUAUACAACACUGGUGAAGUAUGUGGAAGAGUGUAAGAGGGCUCUUAGGGAAGAAAGAGACUGCAAUAAAAUUUUAGAAGAGAGAUGUAGAGAGCUAGAGCAGAGGGUGAAACAGUAUGAAGUGCCAGAUAGAGAUCGCGGUGAACCAGCCGGUAUUCCGCUGGUAGAAGUGUGCAUGAGCUGCAGCAGCCGCCAGAUCAUCUUAAAGCAGGCGCGUGAGCACAACUCCCGACUACAAACAGAUAUGCAAGCCCUUAAACAUGUAUUGUACAGAUUGAAUGUGCAGCUCGCCCGCUACCAGGAGAAGCUGCGCAGUUUGCAAACUCCCGACAAGGAGCACGUGUUCAAGCCGACGGAGAAAAAUGACGCGCUGGAUUCUCUCAUCACUGCUAGUUUGGGAUAUCGGACACAAGAAACUGGCAACACUGAUGACGGGACGAAAACUGAAGAUCAAACGCAAGGCCGGGUUGUAGAUCUGUCUGGACUGCUCAGUGCGCAAGCGUUAGCCCCACUUUUCGACGCGUACCAAGAAAACCUACAAGAAAAGGACAGCCUGAUACUCGACUACGAGAAACAAUUCGAAAACAUGAACAAAAAAUCCAAACAAAUUGUCUCUGAAAACAUAUCGUUGGCCGAAAAGGUGGCCCAUUUAGAGGGAGAGUUGGCGCAAGUGAGACAGAGCUAUAAGAGAGCGGUUGUUGAGAAAGAGACGGGAGACAUUGAGAAAGCUACCUUGGUGGAAAGAGCGGAGCGGGCCGAAGGGAAAUUGAAGGAGGUUUAUGAAUUGUAUGAAGAUAAGAUGGCAGCCAUGAUGCGUGACUAUGAAACGGUCCACCGCGAAUACUUCACGGUGCGGAAUGCUCUGGAAGCGAGCGAGGGCAAGAUGGCGGCUAUUGACGCCUUCCGCUUCCGCACCGUGCCCGCUGACUUACAUGAGAGGAGAUUGGACCAUUGUAAAAGAUUACUAGAAGAGCUGAAACACCACUACAGCAUGGAGACAGAACGGAAAACGGAGCAGCUGGUCAAAGCUCAGCAACAGCUCAAACUGGUCGAGGAGAAACACAGCAAGCUGUGUGAGGAACACGAGAAAGUCAGACAGGAGUUGAAGGGCGCUUUGAAGAAUGUUAAACUGUACCGCAAAGCGGCCGUAAUAUUCCGUCACCGCUUGAAGUCGGCGGCCGCGCGCCGCGGCGCGCGCGCGGGCCCGCUCCGGCGCGCGCUGGACGCGCUGCAGAACAUUAAGCGGGAGAUCAAGGUAGUAAAAUCCCGCGCUUACACUUCGUUAGAAGAGCUGGAACGUCGCAUUGUAGAUCAGGAGCGACGCGCGGCCCUCGCGCAGGCGGAGUACAGGCGGGAGUUGGAAAGAGCUUCCUUAGCGCUCGAGCAUAAGGAAGGGAUCAUACGCAGCCUCAUUGAUAAGGUGGCCGAUGUUGAGGAAGUCAGAUUAAGCCAGACGAACACUAGUCGCCUGCAAGGCAUAGUUUCUGAGUCCGACUCGCCUCCAGAGCAGACAAACAAACCAACAGUCAAACUGGUCCCCGCGCCGGGGGGGUACUUCCAGGAGAGCAGGAGGAGGAAGUCAUGAGAUGUAUAGUGCAUCUCUUUCUCGCAUGCUCGAGUGUCUGUUGCAUUCGGGGAUGUGACGCAAUGAAACCCGGAGUCAGAUUAAAAAAUGAACUAUAGGCAAAACUCUUAAAUAACUACGACCACACCUCUAAGCCUAUGUGCUAGCAUAGGCACAUAGAGUGGAGAAAAAAUUGAAUAAAAUAUGGAAUAAAAUAAUAACAAAAAGAAAAUAACACUAGGAUACAUUUUAUAUCUCGUGAGUAACAUAGCUUACUCGAUAUAAAAUCAAGCCUAGCUUGCGAUCCAGUCUAUGGCCGAUACUGGAUAUCACCUCAGUCAUACAGGCUGUGGCUGGAGAAGAAUCAGAUUUUGUGGCAUCUCCCAAAUAUAUUUAAGACUUCAGAUUUCCAAAGAUUUUGUGUUUUAAUUCAAUAUUUAUAGUGAUUAUAACGUGAAACAAUCACUGCCAUAGAUAUUUUUAAUGCACAAAUAAAACUGAUAUUUUACUAGUCAAUCUUAGUCUUCUUUCACUCUUAGUCAAUGUAUUACAUAAAGAAAAGAUUUAUGUCGUAAUUGUAUAGAUUUAUGUUGUACCUAAAUUAAUGAUAUUGUAGCUAAUUGUAAAUACAUAAUA